CCUUUAGCUAGGGGAGUUGAAUAGGAAUGCAUAGAAUAAAGUCUUGCUUUUGGAGAGAGAAAAUCAAUGAAUGAGAGAGGUAGGGAGAGAGAGAAUCUGGUGGGUUUUGAGCUGUGAUUUAGCUGUCUUUCCCUGUUUUUAUUUUCUCUCUCCUCCCUUCUCUCUCCUCCUCAUCUCUUCUCAUUAACACACACACUCUCCCCCAAAAUCCCCAGAAGAAAACCCUUCCGUUCCCCUCUCUCUCUCUCCCUAAACCACACCCAUUUCCCCAAAUCUCCUCACAUCCUUCUCUCUCAUCAGAUCUCAACCAUUCUCACCUCACAUUCUCGAAAAACCCAGCAGAGAGAGUGAGAGAGAGAGAAACAGGAGAAAGAAACAGAGAGAGAGAGCCACUACCAGAUGUCGAAUCUGAGAUGAAGAGGAAGAACUCUCUCUCUCUCCUCCUCUUCUUCCUCCUCUCUCUCCUCCUAACCUUCUCUCUCUCCACCGGCACUAGCCUCGUUCAGAAUGGAAGACUCACCGACGCCGAGGCCCACUACAUCAGGCGACGCCAGCUCCUCUCCCUCACCGACGACGACGGCGGCGGCCGAGGAGAGAGAGUCGUUAUCCCUCCCAACUUCACCUUCCCCAACCCCCGCCUCCGCGACGCCUACAUUGCCCUCCAGGCCCUGAAACAGGCCAUCAUCUCCGACCCCUUAAACAUCACCGGCAACUGGGUCGGACCGGACGUCUGCGACUACACCGGCGUGUACUGCGCCCCCGCGCUCGACAACUAUUCCGUCUUCACCGUCGCCGGCAUCGACCUCAACCACGGCGACAUCGCCGGCUUCCUCCCCGAACAACUCGGUUUAUUGACAGAUCUAGCAUUAUUUCACAUCAACUCCAACCGGUUCUGCGGAAUCGUGCCGAAGAGUUUCAAGAAGCUGAAGCUCUUGUACGAGCUGGAUCUCAGCAACAACCGGUUCGCCGGGAAAUUCCCGUAUGUCGUCCUGAGGCUCCCCAGCUUGAAGUACCUAGAUCUGAGGUUCAACGAGUUCGAAGGCACGGUCCCGGACGAGCUCUUCGACAGGCCGCUGGACGCCAUUUUUAUCAAUCAUAACCGGUUCCGGUUCGAGCUGCCGGAUAACUUCGGUAACUCGCCGGUUUCGGUCAUAGUCCUGGCGAACAAUAACUUCCAGGGGUGCUUGCCGGCUAGCAUCGGAAACAUGUCGGCCACUUUGAACCAGAUUAUAAUGAUGCAGAACGGGCUGAGGUCGUGCGUGCCGGACGUGAUUGGGCUGCUGACGAAUGUGACGGUGUUUGAUGUGAGUUAUAACGAGUUGCUGGGGUCGUUGCCGGAUGCGAUUGGGAACAUGGUGAGCUUGGAGCAGUUGAAUGUGGCGCACAACUUGCUGUCGGGGAGUAUUCCGGCGAGUAUAUGCAACUUGCCGAGCUUGGAGAAUUUCACGUACUCGUAUAACUUCUUCACCGGGGAGCCGCCGGCGUGUCUGGGGGUGCCGGCGUUUGAUGAUAAGAGGAAUUGUUUGCCGGGCCGGCCGGCGCAGAGGUCGGGCAAGCAGUGCAGUAAGAUUCCGAAGGCGGAUUGUGGGUCGUUUAAGUGUAAGCCGUUUGUUCCGGCGUUGCCGCCGCCUCCUCCGCCUUCUCCGCCACCGCCGUCGCCUCCUCCACCUGUCUACUCACCGCCUCCACCAUCUCCUCCACCACCAGUUUACUCGCCGCCGCCGCCUCCACCUCCGCCACCACCACCACCACCUCCUCCGCCACCACCACCACCAUCACCCCCUCCGCCACCUCCACCACCAUCACCUCCCCCGCCACCACCUCCUUCACCAUCACCCCCUCCGCCACCUCCUUCACCAUCACCUCCUCCGCCACCAUCUCCUUCACCAUCACCUCCUCCGCCACCACCUCCUUCACCAUCACCCCCUGCCCCACCACCUCCUUCACCAUCACCCCCUGCACCACCACCUCCUUCACCAUCACCCCCUCCACCACCCCGUCCGCCACCAUCUCCACCACCACCUUCACCUCCACCACCAGUUUACCUCUACAUGUCACCGCCACCGCCCUCUCCGCCUCCACCAUCACCGCCACCGCCUACAAUGUGCCCACCUCCUCCACCGCCUCCCUGUAACCGCUCUUCGCCCCCUCCACCAUCGCCGCCACCUCCUCCUCCACCCUUGUAUUCUCCACCUCCUCCUCCCGUUUAUAACUCUCCACCACCACCCUUACCUUCUCCACCGCCGCCACCCGUCUAUUCAUCACCACCACCUCCGCCCCCCGUUUACGUCUAUUCAUCACCUCCCCCUCCUGUCCCCUCUCCACCUCCCCCAUCACCUCCUCCUUGUGGAGAACCACCACCUCCUCCCCCACCCCCUUGUGAAGAGCCUUCUCCACCUCCACCUUCACCACCACCACCUCAAUACUUACCGCCCUCAUCGCCAUCGCCUCCACCACCACCAAUUUACAGUUCUCCACCUCCACCACCACCUGUUUACAACUCCCCACCUCCACCACCUCACUCCCCACCUCCACCUCCACCAUACGAAUACAAUUCUCCACCCCCGCCAUCGCCUCCUCCCCCAGUUCACUACCAAUCUCCGCCUCCACCGUCGCCACCACCUCCAGUUCCAUGUGAAGAACAUCCACCACCACCGCCUCCACCACCUCCAUUGCCAUGUGAAACUCCACCUCCCACGCCUGCUUACGAGGGCCCCUUACCACCCGUCUUCGGGGUUUCUUACGCAUCUCCUCCACCGCCCCCUUUCUAUUGAUGAUUCUUUUGAGAACUACUUUCCUCUAACCCCUAUCCUCAGAAACACACAACAUCAAUUACCACUUAAAUUACCAGUCAUCGCAUCGAUUUCCACGAUCAAUUGAGUUCAGAAGAAGAGAUACAAUUGCAGAUUCGCCCUCAUUGACUUCCAAUGGGGGUUGAUUCAACUGGUGUUAUUGAAGAAACAGAGAAGAUUUGAACAGAGGGAGGAGGAGGAGGGAGGUAAAGAGGAGAAAGUCUCUCUCUCCAUAAUUUAUUUGAAAUUGUUAGAUUUUGAGAUUGUGAAAAUAAAUUGGCAGCGUAAAAAAAAAAAAAAAAGAGAUUUUUAAUUAGGUUGCAGGGGAAGUUGUAUGUAUAGAGACCAUAAUCAUCAUCAUCAUCAUUUGCCAGUAACUGCUCUGUUUUCUGGCUUGUUGGUUCUUUGUUAUUACUAUCUCUUUUCUUUAUAUCAUACCUUUUGUUUCUUUC